AUGUCGUCCACCAAGACCAGCCUCACGGCUCUCGCCCUAGGCAUCUCUUCUCUCUUCACCCCAGCCUUCGGUGCUCCUUCAGCAUCUUAUGACCCGGCCAAACCUGUCAAGGACCCGUACUCCAGGGACUACUGGCCCGCGCCUCGCAAGAUCACCGGUGAGGACUUGAACGGUACACUUGGUGGUGUCCACAUUCACGACCCGAGUGUUGUGCUUGGACCAGAUGGCCACUACUACUCUUUCUCCUCUCACGGCUUGGCCACAACAUCUCGUGCUUCGAAGAAGAAUAGCCUGGAAGGGUACUGGGAGGUUGUCAGCCAAGUCUUGCAGCCGCCUGGCAGCAUUGAUGACCCUGCGAAGGCAAGCCGUCUUUGGGCUCCUGAUGUCCACAAGAUUGGCGACACCUACUACUGCUACUACACUGUCUCUGACUUCGGUGUCUCAGAGUCCUUCAUCGGGCUUGCCACCUCGAAGACCCUGCAGAAUGGAUCCUGGACUGAUCACGGCAUGGUUGUCUCCUCUAACAGCACUGAUGCUCCCUUCCCGUUGAGCAAGACCAACACUAUCGACGCGGCUUUCAUCCAAGAUGCCAAGACGGGUAAAAACUACCUCACCUACGGCUCGUGGUGGGCCAAUAUCUGGCAGUUCGAGUUGACCAAGGACCUCAAAUCCGUCAAGAUCCCUACUGCCCGUCAGUUGAGCUACACCUACGACCCUGUGCUGCCGACUAAGGAGCAGGCGUACGCCAACAUGUCCCUUGCUUGGGGAGGUGCAUCCGCUGAGGAGGCACCGUAUAUCAACUACAACAAGAAGCAAGGGUUUUACUACCUUUGGUAUUCAGCGGGACUGUGCUGUGGCUACAACCCCGCUGCUCUGCCCCCAGCUGGUGCUGAGUACACUAUCUUCGUUGGUCGUUCUAAGUCUCCCCGUGGUCCUUUCGUUGACCGCAAUGGGAAGGAUCUUGCUGAAGGUGGCGGAAGCAUGGUAUACGGCAGCCACGGUAACACUUACGGCCCCGGUGGACAGGCGGUAAUUUCCAACUACCACGGACGCGACGUGCUGUACUACCAUUAUGUUAACACAACAUACGAUCCGCUGUACCGAGACAACUUUAAGUUCUUGGGAUGGAAUCCAAUCGAGUAUGUCAAGGGCUGGCCGGUAUUGGUGGCAUAG